UGCGCAAUGUCAACAGUAGACCAGAAACAAUCGCUUUGAAGAAGGGAUACAUCUUAGACUACUUCCUUUUAUUUGAACAGUUAUUUAACUCAGAGUCAUCAGACCAGGAUGCCUUUCCUCGGACAGGACUGGAGGUCACCGGGUCAGAGUUGGGUUAAAACCGAGGAGGGAUGGAAAAAGACAACAGCAGACGACAAAAACAACAAUGUCUCCGUGGAGAGCUUCUGCAAAGCCGAGGAGGAGGAGUGUUUCAACAAGGAGAACCUGCUGCUUGCUCUCAGCUACGACAUGUCUGCCAAGAAGAGGAAAAAGGACCUAAUGAACAACAACGCCAAGGUCCCCUAUUUCCACAGGGAAAAGUGGAUUUAUGUUCAUAAAGGAAGCACCAAGGAGCGCCACGGAUAUUGUACACUGGGAGAGGCCUUCAACCGCUUGGAUUUCUGCAGCGCCAUCAAGGACACGAGGAGAUUUAAUUACGUUGUCAGACUCCUGGAGCUUAUCGCCAAGUCCCAGCUCCCCUCGCUCAGCGGAGUGGCGCAGAAAAACUACAUGAAUAUUCUGGAGAGAGUGGUACAGAAAGUUCUUGAUGACCAGCAGAACGUCCGUCCCAUCAAGGAGCUGCUGCAGACGCUCUACAUCUCGCUGUGUGGUCUUGUUCAGGACAUGGGCAAGUCUGUCCUGGUGGGGAACAUCAACACCUGGGUGCACCGCAUGGAGAACAUUAUGCAGUGGCAGCAGCAACUGGACAACAUCCAGAUCAACAGGCCCACAUCUACAGGCAUGACUCUGACUGACCUGCCUGUCAGUCUGCAGCUGAACAUCAUGCAGCGUCUGUCAGACGGCAGGGACCUGGUCAGCCUGGGCCAGGUGUGCCCCGAGCUGGGCGCUCUCACUGAGGACCGACUGCUGUGGAAGAGACUCUGCCAGUACCACUUCACAGACAGACAGAUCCGAAAGCGCCUGAUGGUGUCAGAUAAAGGUCAACUGGAGUGGAAGAAGAUGUACUUUAAGCUGAGCCGCUGCUAUCCUCGCAGAGAGCAAUACAGUGACACCUUGCACUUCUGCUCACACUGCCACAUCCUUUUCUGGAAGGACACAGACCAUCCCUGCACAGCCAACAACCCAGAAAGUUGCACCAUGUCCCUCUCCCCUCAAGACUUUAUCAACCUUUUCAACUUCUGAGCUGCCCCCCUCCCCAAGAAAAAAUCCAUAUGAACUGACUGUAAAUACUGUACAUAGAUACACUAUUGUUUUUGUUUAAUAGCACAAUCGAUUCCUGGAUGUGUAUUUAGUUUAGGUGUGACUGGAGGGGGCUCAGGCAGUGGGACAAUUAUGCAAUUGAGUUUCUUUUCAAAGAGUACAGAGGCUUCUGUUGAAAGUGAGUGAAUGUGACUGAGAGGAAAAAGAGAUGUAGGAGCAAUUGGCCUGUGGGUGCAGAAGGGAAGAGCGGUGGACAAAGGGAACACUUAGUAGUCAGAGUUUGGUCUUAGCGUGUUUGUGAAAUGACACCUCCAAAGUAAACCUGACCUUAGUGUACACUUGUUUUUCCCAAUUUGGAGAAUUUGGGUUUUGUUUUUUUUAACAUGGGAAGUAGGAAGGUUAUUCCAACCCGUUUAUUUAAUGUUUAAAAUUGUGAUUUGUUUAAUAUGUUACAAGGCCUGCUCACAUGGGGGGGAUGCAAUGUGUUCAGAUGAAGUCUAGUAGUAUUGGGUUUGGCAAUGAGACAGAGAAAAGUAAAUCUUGAGUUGCUGCAGUACCUAAGAGAUAGUGAAUGUAUGCAAGGGAGUCAGUAAUUGAUCAUUAGAGUGAUGAUUAUUUGAUAUGUUGACACACCAUAGUAUGUUUUCUAUUUUUCUUUGUUGUUUUUCACUUUUAUAAAGAUUUGAUAUGACUUUUUUUAUUAUUCAUUCAUUGUGUGCUUAUUGUCUGCUGUGGCUGUUAUAGCAACAGCACUUGAGUGCAGUAUUACCAAAGAUAUCGAAGUCUGUGUAAUAAUGGUGUGUGCCUUUAUCAUGAAACUUGAAACCGGUACAGCUUAAUCUAUGUUUGCAAUGUUUUCAGGUCCUAAUGCUGUUUUUAUUCUCAUCAACAAAUGGCUCAUAUACAGAAAAGUGAUAUUCAAGAUCUGAGGCUUUCAUACCAAAGCUGACUGGUUGGUUGAAAUGUUAUUUUUCCGUAGCCUCCUGCAUGAUUUUUUUAAACGCCCCGCUGAUUGAGUUUACUUAUUUAUUGAGAUUCUUGCAAGUGGCUCAGCUUGCACUGUUGGGUUUAAAGGAAUGGAAAUAUUGGUAUAAAGGUGCAAUUUGACCCAAACUUGUCACUGCUCAGACGGUGAGGGGUGAUGUACAUGCUAUGCAAUGCAUUCUGUUUAUGUUCUUUUGAAUAAAUAAAAGAAAAUAACCUUA